AUGUAUCUAUCGUUAUAUCUGACUCUCUCUCAGUCUCUGAUCAAUCUAUCGAUCAAUCUAUUUUAUCGUCUUUCAUCUAUCUAUCUAUCUAUCUAUCUAUCCUUUUAUCUAUCUAUCUAUCUAUCUCAAUCUAUUUGCUCUGUCUAUCGAUCAAUCUAUCUUUUUUCUAUCUAUCUAUCUAUCUAUCUCUAUCUAUCUAUCUAUCUAUCUAUCUAUCUAUCUAUCUAUCUCUCCUUUUCAUUUUCCAAUCUAGCUAGCUCAAUCCUUUUUCAUGUAUCUAUCGUUAUAUCUGACUCUCUCUCACUCAAUCCUUUUCAUGUAUCUAUCGUUAUAUCUGACUCUCUCUCAGUCUGUCUAUCGAUCAAUCUAUUUGCGUCAUAUUAUUUAUCUAUCUAUCUAUCUAUCUAUCUAUCUAUCUAUCUAUCUAUCAUUUUAUCUCUAGCUCAAUCCUUUUUCAUGUAUUUCCAACUCUCUCUAGUCUGUCUAUCUCAAUCUAUUUGCGUCUUUUUUUCAUCUAUCUAUCUAUCUAUCUAUCUAUCUAUCUAUCUAUCUCCUUUUCAUUUUCCAAUCUCUAGCUCAAUCCUUUUUCAUGUAUCUAUCGUUAUAUCUGACUCUCUCUCAGUCUGUCUAUCGAUAUCUAUUUAUCUUUAUCUAUCUAUCUAUCUAUCUAUCUAUCUAUCUAUCUAUCUAUCUAUCUUUUCAUUUUCCAAUCUAUCUCUCAAUCCUUUUUCAUUUUUUCGUGUAUCUAUCGUUAUAUCUGACUCUCUCUCAGUCUGUCUAUCGAUCAAUCUAUUUGCGUCUUUUUCAUAUCUAUCUAUCUAUCUAUCUAUCUAUCUAUCUAUCUAUCUAUCUAUCUCCUUUUCAUUUUCCAAUCUAGCUAGCUCAAUCCUUUUCAUGUAUCUAUCGUUAUAUCUGACUCUCUCUCUCAGUCUGUCUAUCGAUCAAUCUAUAUUUCUCUCUUUUCUAUUAUCUAUCUAUCUAUCUAUCUAUCUAUCUAUCUAUCUAUCUAUCUAUCCUUUUCAUUUUCCAAUCUAG